AUGGCUGCAGGAACGUGGACGAAGAAAAAUCCCCACAAGAAUGCGGCCCAAAAUCUAAUCCAACGGAGGGAGGACCAAACGAAGAAAGGGGAUAAAAGGCCCCGAUCUGAGUUGCAGACUCCCCCCACUCGAAGUGGAACUAAGUGGGCCAGAAAUGCUCCGACAUCGGCUGACUCGUACAGUGACACUUUGAGGGGUAUCCAACUGGCUGUCAUCAAGAGAAGGCAUCUAGAUACAACCCUAGACCAAGAACAAGGAGACUUGGUACAAGAAACUCUUGUGAAAAAGCUCUACGCUACCCCUUCAGGCAGUGGAGGAGCCCCACAGUUCCACAGAACAUUGUUUAGCGAAGGGGUCAUUUGGAUGACCAGCAGACCGCGGACUGGUUAAGAAGAAUGGUCGGCACUCUGGGAAACCUUUGGG